AUGACUGGAGGUUAUAGUGGGAGAAAACUGUUUGUCGGUGGGCUCCCUCCAAAGGUCGACGACAAGGCUCUGCAUGAUGUAUUUUCUCGUUUCUGGCACAUUGAGGAAGGUUUGUAUUCAAUAGUUUAGAUUAGCACUUCGAUCAAUAAUUACAUGUAAUAGCCUGGAAACUUUUUAUUUCCCUAUUGCGUAAAACAGCAAGCUUAUAGAAAAUACAGUCGCCGUUUUCUCUGAUGGUACAUAUUGGUCUGGGCUAUCUAGGUACACUUGCAAAAGAUAUAAUUUCGACGUGUCGCCCGAAUGAAUUAGGCUUCCUUGGCAUGAUCACGUGGGCGCUUGCAUUUUUUAGUACACUAGACUUUAUUGCUUUUUCCUUUAACUAUAUACCUGUAUUGCAGACUUAAUAUGUAUAUCAGAGACUUGAAUUUCUAGUUUAAUUUGCAUGAAAUGACAUAAGAUAACUGAGUGUGAGCUUAUAUGUCAGUUGUUACAAGCUACAGUACCGUUCAAAAGUAAGUUGGCAGUUUGUUGCGAGUCUCGAUUCUCGACUCGAUUUGCGCUUCUCGAUUCCCGCCUGAAUCGAGAAUCGAGAACAAGCUACCGAGAAGCGAGUCGAGGAUUGAGUCUCGAGGUACAGAAAACAAGAGAUUCAUCCAUCACUGAGUUCUCAAUAAUUUUACAAAGACCUAACGCUGUAACACAACACGGCAUGGUUAUAUUUGGACAAACGACGGUGCAUGUAUGGUUGAAACAAGACCAAUUCGAGUCAUAAAGGGAAUGUUUCUUCAAGGACAUCUGUAUCAAGCUUCAUUUCCUCAGGUAAAGUUUCAAAUGCCUGCUCCAAAUGCAAACAAACAGAACUUCUGAGAAACAAUGAUUCUUAUUGUAUUAGGAAAUUUGCACGUUCUUUAAAAAUUUGAGGUCUUUGAGAUAAUUUCUGUUAAAAUUGGGCCUGUUUCUUCCGCAAUGGAACAUGAUACUCAUGAACUUUUUUGUUGCCUAGCACGUGACUGCAACUACUGUGAUGAAAAAUUGUGCAAUGUUAAUUUCAAUAGCGGACUGUAUUGCACGAGACAAAAUAUUGUUUUCAAAGCUCUUGGAUGUUUCCGAAGUUUUCUGAAACUUAACCAAUAGCAAUAAUAACUUUAUUAAUCUCCUCAAAAAGGCUUUUCAGCUUAAUUUACGAUGUCAAAUAUCUAAAUUUUAGUUUUCCAAAAAUACCAUUAAAAAAUGCUGUUUUAUUUUAACUUUAAAUACAUCUAAAUUAGUGAUAGACUGAAACUCGUCUGGGAGACUAUUCCACAGCCUUUGGCCUCUGAAGGUAAACGCGCGUUGACCUGCAGCCGUCCUACAGAGUGGUAUAUGUAGGCGGUCCCUAUUCCUAGUGUUGCAGUUGUGCGCUUCCGAUCUGGUUUUAAACUUCUGACAAAGAUAUGGAGGAGCAAGUUCAUUUAAGCAUUUAAAUACCUAGUAGCAUCCCUAACCUCAAGUUGUUUGACAAUUGGCAGCCACUGUAACUGCUUAAGAAUAGUUGUGACAUGAUCAAAUUUCCUUUUUCCAGAAACUAUCCGGGCUGCAAAAUUUUGCACUGUCUGUAAUAGCUCGAUGUUUUUCUUGGUGGUAUUAGCCCAUACUGAUGAACAAUACAAUAAUUUACUGAAUACAAGAGAAUUAAUUAUAGUGAUCAAUGUACGCCAAUCAAACAGGUAUUUUACGCGAUUUAUUUGACAAAGGCUACCUAUACAUUUCGAAGUUAAUUGAGUUAUAUGUUCGUUGUACGUUAAAUUACAGUCCAUUGUAACCCCCAGGUUUUUCGCAGACUUAGAUGGUGUAAUCUCCUUGCUGAGUAGUGUAAUGCUUAGAUCAUCUGGUAUCUUCAUCAGCAACUGCAGAGUCCACAGAACCAGAAGUUUUGUUUUUUCCGGGUUAAUGAGUAGACUGUUUUUACAACACCAUGUGGCUAUGUAUAUUCAAAUUGAAACUUUUAUGUGCACAAUCACUUCUCAUAAAAAGCAAAGGGCGAAAUAUCAAAUGGAAAUGCUAUCGCAUAUCACAAAAACAGCAAUUCUAGUCAAGAGGUCAAACUACAGGUAAAGUUUCCAGCGAAAAAAAACCCUCCAACUGUAGACACCGACAAUCAGACAUUCAACUGCAAUAAUGCCGAUGGACAUUCACAAACAGGCAAUCCAAAAAAUAUCAGCAAGUAAAAUUUGAAAGCAAUUGGAAGCCCUUUGAGACUUUGUUUACACACUGUCGUGUAUUUUUCAUUUGUUUACACAAGCUACCUUUUAUGUGUAUUUGGAUUUUACAGGUAAAAAGUCAUAAAUGGCUCUUCAAGUUCAACUGUUACUGACAAUUUCUGCUAUUUAAAUGAUGCAAAAUGCUGUUCGAACAUGUUUUAAGAUUUCAACGCUAAGUGUCGCCCCAUCCGUGCGAACGAAUGUGAAUGUCAACUGCUACUGUAUAAUUUGCAUACAUUUGGUUCAGGAGUUUCUCACAAGAAUAGAGUUAGUUAUUCUUUGGAGUAGAAAGCUUUUUUUGACGUGAGAGAAGUUAGAAGAUGCUCAAAACUUGUACAUUUGGUCGUAGAUUCUUGCAGCAAUCGAAUAUCGAGAGUAGAGAGCAAAUUACCGUAUUUAUUCGAUUAACCGCCCUGGGCGCUUAUUAAAUUUUUGGACCUUGAGGGUGGGCGCUUAUUCGAGGUGGGCGCUUAUUCCAGGCUGGGCGCUUAUUAAAUUUUCACCAUUUUCAGCAAGUGAAGUAUGUUUAUUUUGCAACAAAACAAGAAAUGCUAAUAACAAAACGCGAGGAAGUAACAAAGCAAGAUUUCUGUAAAAUCCUUUGAAGAAAACUUCGUCCUCGGGGAAGUAUCUUAUUAGAAUUUAUUCACUCAAGUGGGUGGAGUGGGGGUGAGCGCUUAUUUGAGUUUGAUUGGGAGGAGGAGGGGGUGGGCGCUUAUUCGAGGCUGGCCGCUUAUUAGCUUUUUUUGCCUUUAGUAUGGGCACUUAUUCGAGGUGGGCGCUAAUUCGAGGUUGGGCGCUUAUUCGAAUAAAUACGGUACUUGAAACAAAAUCCUUUUAAUCAAUUAUAAACAAUCAAUUCCGAACAACUUACUUUUGAAUGGUACUGUAUUAACAUUUACUGGCACUAAGGUGUCAAAAAUGUUUGAAUAAAAAAUAGAAUGGGCCAUUUGCACAAUGCCGUCAAUUUACUAGUAUGACCAGAAUCCUUUUCGUUUUGCCUUUUAUAUUUAAAUUUGGUAAUCCCAGUGAACUUUGAAUAACAAAAGCCCUACUUUUCGCUCAAGAAAGCAAAACCCUGAAGGAUUCUUGUCUUUGUAGUAAAAUAAUGUCAUCAUGCAAAUGGCCUAUUGAAGCUGGUCUUGCUCUUGCUAGAAUUGGUCACCCCCUGCUAAGUUAAAUGCAGACCAAGACUAAGCAAACAAUGGAGGUGCGAAACUGAUGAAAUGGAUGCAUCAGCUCGGACAAAAGUACAUGUCAGCGCUGAUGAGUAUCUGCGUUAGCUCAGGCGCACCAGGAAGGAAAAGAUUUUUCUUCUGUUAUCCCCUGUGACAGCUUUGCUCUUUUAGGCAUUGUUGUUAAAAACAAGGUAAAUUCUCGGGUGUUAAGAAGCUCGAUAGUUGUUCAUUCUAAGGAACUUUUCAUGCGGUAUUUUGACCGUGAUUGAUCAAAUUGAAUUGGGCAACUUGCAAGGUUGCGUUUGCAAAAUUGCUCAGCAUCCUACUUUUAUAUGUAACUGUAAUUCUAGGUUCGUACUCUGGAAGAAAUACCAGCUGUUUUUUGAUGAACUGAAAGCCUGUGCCUGCAUUUUAACGAGGACAAAAUCGGCACAAAAUGAAAUAAAUUUGCAUGAGAGAAUCAAAAGUUCACACACUUGGCUUGGUCAUCGAUGUUCAUCCAAUGUUCAUCUGAAACUGGCAACUCAAACUGAUGAUCACGCAAAGAACUGAUGCAAUGAAACAGAAAAUAUUCCACUUUUGUCUCCUUAACAAACAAAAUCAAUUUUCAGGUUUAGACUGUUGAAAUUCAUUUCUGAAGUAACUGAAUAUUGAAUGUCUCUGAGACUGUAUGAGCAGUUAAAUUCAAAUGCAAAUCUUAUUUCCAUUGUAAUCAAAAUUUAUGUACAUCAGGUUUUUACACUUUUAAGUGUAUUUUGUUAGGAUACUGCAGGGAAGUGUCUGGAUGCCAAGUGACAGUUUUACAGUUCAUUUGCGCGGUGUGUUAUGACAAAAAUUUUAGCCUGUGCCAAUCUGUCAGUUUGAUUCUUGUAGGCUUUUUAACAACUGUACACAUUACACGUCUAUUAACAAGGAGAUAGCUCAUACAUACUAAUGAGUCUUGAUGUGCACUGACCUAUUUCAGAGAAGAAAGACACGCAUGCUUGUCAGCUCAGCUGAUGCAUGGACACAUCUGGCCUGAUGCAAUUGACUUGUAUUUCCUGAUGCUUAUUAUGCGUAUUUCAAUAAUUUACAUGAAAAAUUGAAUAUUCACUUGAAUAAUUUGAACCCCAGCUAACCCAAACUGUUUUUCACCUCCCUUUCAACUUUGAGUUGCCAAGGUUCAAUGUUCAGAGAUGGCAUGGGGGCUAACCUUGUACAAAAUGUGUCCUGACUGUGAUUGUUAUAGCAAGGAGCCCAAAAGUGUUACAUCCUUUAAUUAACUGACAUUCUUCCGUGCAGACAUUAACCAAUCAGAAGUCGAGGACAGUUUCCAGUUGGCUUCUGAUUGGAUUAAAUCUACACAAAAGAAUGUGAAUAAAUCAAAAGCAGUCGCACUUUUGUCCUCCUUGCUGUGAGUGGUUGUGGUGACUGGACUAUUGGAUGGGAAAUCUAGCAGUUUGUAAGAAGUCAUUUGGGAUUGUUUCACAAUCAUUCACCCAUUCUGUUUUUAGUGAAAUUGAGUUUGAAUGUUUUUGUUGACUUGGGAAAAUUUUCAUUAAUUUUUUUAGCAAUAAUUGUUACUGACCGUGAGACUCGAAAAAGUCGCGGCUUUGGCUAUGUGACCUUUACAAAUGAAGUUGAUGCUAAAGAGGCAAUGUCGUCAAUGGCGGGAGAGCGCGGCAAGGUACCUGUAAUUGACCAUGUACAAUUACAAUAGUAAAUUAUUAGCGAAAUGGUGAUAGGGUUGUCACUUGUUGUUAUACUUUUGCUGCAUGGUAGGAAUACAUUGUAGUCAAGGCAUGUACAUGUAGCAGUACAAUAAUUAUUUACAUGUUCAUGUAACUUGGAAUUCCGGUUUGUGCUUUAGUAGAGCUUGGUGGUCCCUGGUGAAUACUUUUGCCUUUGGGUGAGCAAAUAAUAAUGUUAACACGAAACGUUUGUGCUGGGCACCCCUUGUAGAUGAAGUGAAUUCUCCUUUGAGAGCACAACCUUAGAAUUAAAAUGAUAACAAUUUGAAAUCUUCUAAAAAAUGUUGUUGAUGGCAGCAGAAAAGACAGCAUUCCUUGGAAAUUUGAAUAAGAGCAAACAAACAAAGCAAAGAAGUUGACUCUCUUCAAAAGAUUUAUUACCAGGAGCCAUUUUGAAGAAAAUCUGAAAGUUUGAAUGACUGGUUUAACUGACACAAAAAAAUGGAAAUUGUUCAAGCGGUAUUGACAAAAAUGAUUUUGUCAAUCAUGUUGCAAUGAUUUUGCCAAGAUUAUACUUUGUUUUACACGGCAGUACAUUUUAGAGGUGACCUGAGAGAAUGUUUUGCAGUGUAAUCAAGAAACUGUAGAUAAAAAUCCUGUAAGCUGAAGCUUAGCCAAAAAAUAUCAUUGUCUGCAUGAGAACCACCCUCUUUUACACUAAAGUACCCCUUGGCCUGUUGCUGAAAAUCAAGGGUUUAUAAUACAUGUACGGUGUAUGCAGGUUACAACUGUAGUUGUAACAGAACGAUUGUUAGUUGGUUGAUAAUUGUGUUUUUGGGUAACAAUGAUAAGGUUUUACCUAUGGUUUUUCCUUUGUCUCAAACUGUGUUGUGUCUCAUUCUCAAGAAAUUCUUUGAUCAUGAAAUGACCCUGGAGUAUGCAAAGGACAAGCCAUCCGGUUCAGUAAGAGGUGGAGGGAGAGGAGGAAGAGGUGGUUUCAGAGGAGGCUUUUCAGACCGAGGGCGUGGUCCUCCCCGUGGCCCACCCUUCCGAGGACCUCCUCCUGGGCGUGGUCCUCCAAGCAGGUCUGGAUACUAUUGAUUCACCUGUUUGUUUAAUCAGGCAAAUAAACUGCCACUUGUAUCAUAAUACUGUAUACAGUACAAGGGUACUGCUUUUGUGUGUUACACCACCAUCUGAGAAAACUGACAUGAAAAUAGUCUAAGUGAGAAAAUAUCUUAAAUUGAGUUGGCUUCACGAAUACAUCCCUCUUUAAUUAAGAGUCUUUCAAAGGUCAUACACCGUACCUAGUUGGCUGCUCAAUAGAGGCUGACUGCUUAGCAAAACCGUUCCAAAAUUAGCAUGUACAGCUGUAGUACAGCAAAAAUCCUCUAAAUAGAGGUGUGACAUUGUUUUCCCAGAUUGUGUGUGAUUGUAUUCUGGCUUCAUGAACAACCUAGUACGGUGCACUGUGCAUGUAGUUUGCUUCCUUCUGAUAUACAGUUCUUCGCCACGAAAACGCACAAUUGCAGUUUUAACCAUACUGCAAUUUGUCUCUGCUUGAAGGGCUUGUGACUCCAUUGACUUGUUGUAUUAUGUAUCAUUAUUGUUACUUUUCAGGCCAAGAGAUGGUCCCCCACCUCCUCGUGGCAGGGACAUGCCUCCUCCAAGGGACAUGCCACCUCCCAGGGAUAUGCCACCUCCCAGUCGAGGUCCACCUAGGGGACCCCCUGUAGAGCCACGAAGAGGACCCCCACCCCCUGACAGGUGAUCUGAAAUUUUUUUACAGUAAUAUCUGUGUGAGAAAUUAAAAACAAAUUACCUACAACAAUGCAAAAAGGGUCAUUCUUGCAUUUUGGGAUGUUUAUAUGUACAUAAAUGCAGGUCAUGAUUGAUGAUGACAUUUCAUGUCUUAUUAUAGCGUACAGUACCUAUCAGUGAUACAAAACAAACAAGUACAGUAUACAUGUACAUGAGUAUUAAUGUUUUUUUGUUGAUGUUAUUGACCUUUUAAAAAUUUUGACAGUAAUUUUAUUUGUCAGUUACAGUGUACAGUAUUGUUUGCAUUAUCAUACAUGUUCAAAAAGGUUCACAACUGACAAUUUACGUCAUUACUGAAUCAAAUCUUAAUGUUACAUGUAUUCAAGUCUCUUUGAACUUGUGCAUGUAGUCUGCAAAACUGCAGUGUACGUGUUUAGUGAGCAGAUGUNUGUUUGCAUUAUCAUACAUGUUCAAAAAGGUUCACAACUGACAAUUUACGUCAUUACUGAAUCAAAUCUUAAUGUUACAUGUAUUCAAGUCUCUUUGAACUUGUGCAUGUAGUCUGCAAAACUGCAGUGUACGUGUUUAGUGAGCAGAUGUUAUUUCAUUAUUUACAUGUGUGCAAAACAAUGUUUGCUGUAAAGGAUUGUUAAAACACAUUGUAGAACUUAACAAUAUUGUUAACUACUGACCUUCUUUUCUUAGAUAUGAUGAUUAUGGCCCUCCCCCUGAACGUGGCUACCCAUCACGAGAUUAUGAUCGUGCAAGCUACAGCGAUCGUGAAAGGGAACGACCACCAAGUUAUGGAAAUGAUUAUUAUGGCAGCAGGUAUACGCACACUCUUGUUGUUUUCUGAAGUGUUUUACAUGUACAGUUUGUAAGGAUGUUUGCCUACAAAAAGGUGAUAGUUUUUUAAAUCAAGCUUCCUUAGAGAGUUCUUUAUUAAUUUUUAAUCCUGUCCUAAAGUUCUACUGGAGUGUCUAUAGCUUUUGUGUGUGUGUGGUGUUGUUUUUCCAGGUAUCCUCCCCCAGAGCGUGGUAGUGGUGGCAGUGCAGGAGGUAGUAGCUACUCCAGUAGUGACAGAGGGUAUGGACCACCCAUGGACAGAUAUGGAGGUUCAGAUCGCUACAGCAGUUCUGAUAGGGGAUAUUCUAGUGAUCGAGGCUACGGUGACAGGUAACCAAACUUGCUAAUUUUGUCACCAAGCAGGACUAUCAAUUCAUAAUUAUAACCCGUUUCUUAUAUGCAAAUGAGGCGCACAAUAUUGUUAUGACCAGCUUUUGUACUCUCUGGCAAUAGACCUUGUCACGGUUUUCGAGGCCAUCUUGACGAGUAGGCAAACACGUGAGAAAUUAGAGUGUUUGUACGUAUGAGAAUCGAAUGUCGAAUAAUUUCCGUAGAACAGUUGUUCUGUAAAAAAUAUCAAUUGUAAACUAAAGCUUUAUUCUUAAGGAUUCUGCUGAAAAAAAUUGAGGGCGUUACAUGUGCUAGAAGACCUAGAACCACUUUUUAAAAUGUUCUAUACAUUUGUCAGUAAGAAAGUCUCGGGAAAAAUUACAGACAAAUAUAUGGAAAAUCUAAAGCAAGCCUCUGGAGACAUUUACGCACAUGAACGCCCCAAUAAUUGUUUAGUACAGUCCUUUGCUUUUUAGUUUUAGUUUACAACUGAUAUUUUUUCCAGAACAGCCGUUUUACGGAAAUUAUUCGACAUUAGAUUCUCAUACAAACACUGUAAUUUCUCACGCGUUUGCCUACUCGUCACGAUGGCGCCGUGUCGCGCAGGAAGCGAGACGCGACUGGUAACUUGCUUUUGAGCGGUACUGUAGCUCUUCUGGGAAUUUAUUUCUUUGAAACCUUCUCUGUUUUUUUUAUGUAAGAUUAAAAAUGUGUUCCAGAUCAAAUUCAAAUUUGUUAUUAUAAUUCUUGGUUUUUGAGGGGAAGAGAAAAUCAUAAUACCCAGAGAAAAACCUCUUGUUUGUUUGUAAGCAGAUAUGGUGGAGCCUCGGGAGGUGCAUCUGAUGAUCGUUACGCUCCAGAUCGAGGUAGCUAUGGUAGUGACCGCCAGGAGAGAGGUGGAUAUGAUUCAGGCAGCAGUGGUUAUAGCAGCAGUGACCGGAGCUACGGGGGACCAGACCGUGGGUAUGGUCCACCCCCUGAUAGGUAUGGCCCUCCACCGGACCGUGCUCGUCCUGCAGGAUAUGGAGCCCCUGCUGACAGGCCCUAUUCAUCUGGAUCUUACUCAGGAGGUAGGAACUUAUUUCGAGUGUAAAGGCUGGUAGAGAGAAGUUUCAUACAUGUACCUUGCAUGUGUACGAGUCGCCACUGAAGCAUUCGUACAGUUUCAUAUGGCAUUGUUUAGUGCUCGUCCGAAAAUUGGUGCGUUGAAGAUCAAAUUUUUGGUGGUUUCAUACCAAUUUUAUCUCCGCUCUAUCAACUCGAUCGUCUUGAAACAAUAUCUUUCGUUUCGGAAGCUUGCUCAAUAAAUUGACUUUGAAAUAGGGUUCCUGUUCACCUGGUUAAUAACUGAUUGUUUGGAGGACAGUUAUAGCAACUAACGACUUAGAUACAGGUAUACAAGUCUAGAAAUGGUAUCAAAUCAGUCUUCCGAAAAUUAGGCAGGACUCCUGCUUUGUCAUGGUGCAAAAGCGAAAUUUAUAAUAAACCGAUAAUUUCGGCUAGCAAGUUUGAUCCAACACGAAAAAAAGAACGGUGACAAUUACAUCUACGUUAAAACACUCCAGCAGCUAAAUAUUUCGAUGUCGUUGUGGCAUUACGACACAUCGCCCUCGAGAAAAACUCAUGUAAACGUUCUAGCAACACCUCAUUUUGUCACAGUGAUAUGCUUACACUUGCAUUCAAACUCAACGAGCGUAUGUUGAAGAAAAAAUGUUGAAGUAAACGGUUCACUAUAACUGGCUGCUGAUGUCAUAAGUUGGAGGAAAUUGAUAGCAAGAGUGUUGCUGGAUUCCUUUUGGGGUCAGGGAUGGGUGUUGUUAUAUUAUUACAUGUAUUUUAGUAUUCUUUUCUUUCAGCAAAAAGGAAUUCCGUUUCGACUUUGCCACCGUCAUCUUAACUUCGAUUUGAGUUCUUGUUGUUUUCCAGUUUUCUAAUUGUUCCUGCAUUUCGUUUCAAGGCCGUGACUGGUGAUCCGACGCAGAAAUGUUCCGUACUUCGCCAAGGAUUAUUGCAGUUUUAACAAGUUCCUUUAUUGCCGGAGUCAUUAUUUUUACCAGUAAUUACUGUAACGUAUAUUUUCCAGAGCAUGCCAUAAGUCUGUCAUCGCCCGAUUCUUCCAUGAACUGAGUCUGAGUUGUCUUAAAGCUGAAUCGAAGCGAUAAUCGAUGCCCCUUCCACGAACAUUGUCAAUGGAUUGUAUUCGAUCUGUUUGUUCGGCGCCAGUACAGCCUGUACAUGUAGAUUAUCGAGUUCUAAGUAUGUGUUGUACAUCCAAAGACAAUUUCUGCAAGUUUGAAAGGCGACAUUUUUAGAACUUUUUAUUUGUUUUCGUAGUCACUUGCAUGGCUCAUUUAUUUUUAGUAACUGCUAAUAAAGCGUUGUAUAUGUGCAAGAAUGAACUUCAAUUUUCGGUUAUUCCAAUAACUAUCGUAAACCUCGAACUUCGGUUCGUUUGUCAGUGAAAUAAGUACGUUUAGCUACGGAUAAACUGGAAGCUGCUUUCCCGCGUGUUUAGGCAGCUCAGUGUCGGCUCUCGCGAAUUUAGUCUGAAUUUAGUUGAUGUUAAUUUGUUCGGAUGCCAACAUCGUGUAUCUUCGUCCCUUCGAUCUUCGAUUUGUCGAGUGUUCUGCUUCUCCGGUAGCUAUCACAGAAUACAAAUGUAUCAUACAUGACUCGUCUAUAUGUCCGUCGGUUUAUUUCGUAGUAAGAAGCGGUUACUUACAGUCUUAUCCGUAGCUAAAAAAUUUGUUAUCCUUUUACCACGCGGGAACACGGCCGCGGAGAAUGAUGAGUAUAACUUUCUCAAGACAUUGACUGUUCAUUUGAUGAUAUCUCUUUCCCUUUUCCGGUCACAGUUUUGUCGACUUUCCAAAUCGCUCCCGCACUAAACCAUGGGUUUACACUUGAUCCCUUCAAAACCCGUUUGAACAAGGGUGGCGCAAGUCCAGAACUUUUACUCUCUUCUAUGAUUCGAUGUUUGUAAUCUGUAGUCUAGGUAAACUAUCGUCCCUCGAUGCUAAUUCGGAAAUGUUACGUUAACAAAUCGUUACGUUGUGAAUGAAAAGGAAUCGCCUCUAGGAGUCUAUAGUUGUUUAAAGGCUGAAUAUAAGAGAGAUUGAAUCUAAAAUGUCUGGAGGCAGAAUUGACCUAAUUGUUGCCUUUACAGACCGAACCAAAUUAAAGAGAAAAUUUUCAAUAACUUCCUAUCCCUUGCCUUACAAUUUGACGUUGUCUCAUUUCAUUUCGCCUGUUAAGGUUCACGGCUAUGAAUAAAUCGUUAACCCACCGCAGUAUAAUCGUUAAACGUAAAAGUAACAGCGUCAUAAAAUAAAAUAUAAGAUGUAAAGGUAGUGUGCGAUACAAGAAAUCAACUCCUCGAUAAACCGCGCUAACUCUUCCUAUAUCUGUGCGAUUACCAAUGACUACUUAUGAGUGCGCGAAACAUCGUGCACUUUUAGCGCAAAGAACGGCUACAGAGCUGUACUUUAACUUCGAUCGAGCAUUUUCUUGUAGGUUUAUGUGAUUCUUGUUACAGUAAUACACAAACAAUUGCCUCGGUUGCGCGUCUCUGAUUACUUGCCCCGAAACCGCUGAUACUUUCAGUGUAAACGCCAUCUCGUAAACGUCAAUUCGAGGACGGUUUCCAAGGAAAUAAUGCUCUGCAAAGUCUAUAUGAAGUUUUCGCUUGGUUUCUUGGAAGCUAUCCGCGAAUUGAAUGCUUGUGUUAUUUAACAAUACUAAUUAGAAGUGAUGGAAGACUCACUUCAAGCAAUAUCAUUCUGACAGAGCUCGUUUCCGGGAGAUCAUCGUUUUAUGGUGAAAGUUGUGGCUAAACCACUGUCUCACUACGUACGGCAGUGAUAGCAACCUUAUUGAAGUGUUCCAGUCUUCUUACCGUUACAAACCAAUUUACUUUAGGCACCCUCAUUAUACUAUAUAACAACAUUGCUCUUUCAGUCUUGACGACCGAAAAUAUUUAAUUCUAGUUUUGUUAUUUCGCAGCGGCGUUUGAUACUGUGGCGCAUAAGUUAGUGUUAAAGAUUUGUGGACGUGUUUUGAAUCCAUUCACAUCGAGAAUGCUGUCCCGCAUGGGGACUUUGUUUCCCGUGACAUGACAGGUACAGUACCGUGUCCUUAACAGCAGCGUACCCAACGACUUCUCCGGACGAUCUCUGUUGGUUGGUUGGAAAGUAGUUCUCGUACACUGAUCAGUCAAGGGGUCCCAUAUUUGGGUUUGUUAGUGCUCGGUCUCGGGUCCUAUUCAUGGAGGCAAAGACAAAAUACAUGAUGUGUAGCCUUUGAGUUUUUUCAGGAUCGAACCUCAUGUUGAGGGUGCAGAGGAGUUAAGUUUAUAUGUACUACAUUUAUAAAGUUAUACAUCUUGAAAUUAAAUAUCCGUUCAAUUCACGAAAACAGUCCGCUGUCUCCAUUCCCAGUAUACUUGUUUGUGAUAACUGUGCCCUGUGAAAAGCACUGACCGCUUAACAAUGUAACCAUGGAAACAUGAAUUGCUUCGUGCUCCUUGCCUUGUACUUCAAGGCUAUCAACGAAUCAGACUGAAAUCAAGGUCAAACUAACUUUUCUGCUCCAUGGUGUGACCAUUUCAAAAUAACUUAAAUUGUUUCUUACUUAGUAAGAAUCUAAUAUCUUACUUGAAAUUUGCGACUUUGGUUGAAGCUUGCUUCUGAUCACUCAAAGGAGAAAGCUGUUCUGGAAGGAAAAAGGCUGGGUUGGUGAGACCCAGCGAAUAUGGUUUAGCUGUGGAAAGAUCUCGCCUUUAUUCUCGAGAUCAGAGUCCCGCAAGUUGUCCGCGGAACAUUUGACUUACUCGCCAUGUUGGUUGAAUUGGUGAGUGACUGGAAGGGAAAAAAGGCUGGGUUGGUGAAACCCAGGGAGUAUAGUUUACGUUGGAAAGAUUUCGCCUUUAUUCUCGAGAUCAGAGUCCCGCAACUCGUCGGCGGCACAUUUGACUUACUCGCGUUGUUGGUUGAGUUGGUGAGUGACAGGUGACCCUGACGUAAAAUACGAAGUGCAUCAAUACGAACGAGCCUGCAUUGCUCUAUUGCUGGCGUCAUCACCGUAAAUGACCUACUAAACACUCAGGGCGUUUAUUUAAUUUUAGAUAAAAGGCGUUCAAAAGGGAGAGGCGUUUAUUCUCGUGACUUUAACAAGCCCAACAAAACUAAUAAGCUUUCGGUAAAAAUAUCAAGAGAGUUUGAAAAUAGCGGAAUAUUCACUCCAUCAAUUGAUACGUCUAGAUCCCAACAUCGAUGUCAGAAUCCUCGCUCAGGGUCACUGUGUUACCUUCAUUAGUCUAUCCUUAGUUUGAACAUGACAUUGAGCAAGAUGAAAUACACAGAGCCUCGUUAAUAAGGCAAGAAACUGAAUGAAUCGAAUGAUUUUGCUCUCUUUUGCUAAUUCCUAGCAUUUUGUAGUAAUUCUCAUAGGGGGCGUUUAUUAGAGAGGGGCCUCUAAUGUAAUUUAAACAGCGUAGAGGGGGUGUUUUUUAGAUAAGAGGCGUUUAUAUAGAAGUGGGUGUCUAUUAUGCCAUUUACGGUACUCCAAAUAUCUAGUGUACAUUGUGAUCUGUAAGUAUUAAAUAAAGUUUGGAGUAUAUUAGUUCACAUCAACUUUGGGAGCCGGCCGAACUAGCAUAAGUGCCGGAGAACACCAGUGUAAACGUGGACUUUUUCCCUCGAGUCACAAGCAAGUGCCUCAAAACUAUUCGAGCUUCGCUAAGGUGAAUCGCCAAGGUCUGUAUGUAUGACUUGAGCAAAAUUGGGAGGAGGCGACGAACGCUGUCGAGGAAAAGAGGAGGGGCUGGGGUGGCGAAUCGCUAGUUCUGUUUUUUGCUUAAUUGCGAAAUGCGACUGCGUGUGAAUGUAAAUGCGAGUGGCCAAGACGUUUGUGACAAAAUGCCACUCUCGCGGACGUACCUUUAAGGAAGUUAAGGCGGGAAGUAAAAUUUGCCAGUUGCUGGAACCUAUGCCCCGUUUACACUUUCCUUUUUUGGGAAACUUGUAUUAUUCUCCUGAUUUGCCUUCCGUCCACUCGUGUCACAAGAGUCACCUGAAAACGCCGCAACCUCUCAAAACCGCUCUAGAUUGGACACUUGAAAACGUCGUUUUCUUGUCCUUAACGGUGCUCUUGGAAAACAUGAAAUGAUGGUAUUUAUUUUUCGUGCAGGAUAACAAUAUCUGCAAUGUUCAAGCUCACUAUUUCCGAUGGAGGGUUGUCACAAUAAUGAGGCCUUCCUUUACACCCCAACCUCACCAUACGAUAAGACCAUAUGGAAUUUCUGGAAGGUAGGGUAACCUUAAUACAAAUCCAGCAGGGUAUCCCUGCUUAGGAACUAAGUUCACUUUUUUUUAUAAAACGCUUGAUCAGAGGUAGUAGAGCCUAAAAGGCGAGUAACACGGAACAACUCGGAUGUUGUGGGUUAGACUGCAGGGACCGCGGAGAGGGUGGGAAACCCGCCACUUUUUGACUGAGAUGUUAGGAGAAAAAGAGUUUUAACGUCUGUCCUGAACCUUUCAACGUUUUUCUGCUCUUUUUACAUGACUCCCUUUAUAUCAGACUUAUAAGCCCUCACAAUUUGCGCCAUUAUUGCCGAAAGGAUGCCGGUUAGAUUUCAGAUUUUCUGCGUUAAAAUAUUAUUGUUCAAGUCUGCUGCAUCAAAGGGAGAGAAUGUUCAGAAAACGUCUUUUAAAAAUUGAAGUAGCCCUGUGUUUUAGGUCUGAGCGAGCAAUUACUGACGCUGAAGCGUCAGAAAAUCAAACGGGCGAGCUUGACUCGUCCCCAGUCAUCUCUCAACCUCGAGAGAAGCGCGGCUCUCUUGGGUCACGCUUCUCCCGUUCGCCCCUAGCUUCUUGGAAGUUAUUUAUCCGUCAGGGUCUUGGCUUAUUCUAUCAUAUCUAAAUAUUUUGAGAUGGGAACAAUUUUAUCUUUAACUUCAAGGAGCGCAAGCUUAGUUUCCGACUUUCUCAAGCCUUAUUUGCAAUAUAAUCAUUGAUAAUUUAGUGCAGUCUGAUAGUUUUGUCUUGAUUUGUAUGCAUUUUUCGCCAUUUCGUAGGGGUACAAGCCCUGCCCGGCCUCCUCUUUCCUUCCCCUCUCAGCCCUGUUCCGCGGUCCUUGGACAAGACGUAGAAAAGCUUGGAGGCGGAAAUCACUGUCCGCGUACACAGAGGAACUGGGGAGAAUUUGAUUCAAGGCCAAUUGAAGGCUAAUUCGGAUUAAAAAAACAUCCGUCUUCAACUAGAAACAGAAUGAGAUAUAUGUGGACCGACAAAAACAAUUAAUGCAACGUUUGAAUGAGAAUUUUUUGAAAAAGGAGAAUAAAAACGGAUUGGUGUGGACCGGGCCUUAGAGCUUCAAAUGGUUGUUGGCAUCUGUCACCUCUUUUUCAGUGAGGUUCCACUGUGAGAAUCAAAAAAUUGUCAGUGUCGGAAUUUUGAGAACAGCUAUUUAAAAACAAAGCUCUUGUUUCAGGCAAUUUAUCUUUGCGUAAAAAUAAUAGUUUAAAGUCCAUCAGAAAGUCAGGAAAAGCGGCUUCAGGUUGACGUCAGUGACGUACUUUAUUGGUACUCAAUUUCGCGAUUUUCAUUGUCAAAAACUCGCGAAAAUAACGACCCCCGAAUUUAAAUUGUCGCGAAACUUAAGGACGCAAAAUUGAAUACCCAUGUAGAAAAUUGAAAACACAGAAAAAUUUAUUAACAUGUGAUAGCAACAACAUAUACAGGAUAAGUAUGGACAAAUGCACAAAUUGUUAACUGGUUUUACUGCUACCUUUCCUUUUGUUUCCUCAGUUGUGAAAUAACGUAAAUUCGACACAUUGCUUGUUCCAGUUUAUCAAGAAAUUUUUGAUAAGUUCAGACGGCUUUUGAAAACUAAAAUGAAGUCGAGAACGCGAAAUCUCGAAAUGUAGUGCCCUUUUUUCAUAUUUGGCUGUUGAAAUCGCGAAAAUAAAACCCUGCCAAAUAUUGUCUCACCAAAAUCGUGAAAUUAAAUACCAAUAAGGUAUAGUAAUCUAAGGCCCGUUUCAAACGUCGUGCCACUGCUGUGCCGAACUCAAUUACUCGAAUUUAAUUCGACUUUAGCACGGCAGUAGCGCGACGUUUGAAACCAAGUCGUGCUAUUGCCGUGUAGCACGGCAAGCCUUGCCGUGCUACACGGCAGUAGCUCGACUUGGUUUCAAACGUCGUGCUGCUUCCGUGCCGAACUCAAUUCAUAAAUUAUAAAUACAUUAGAAUACAUUUUAAAGUUUGCUAAACCAUUUCUAUAUUUUUGUGUUUUGUUUUCGGCAAGAGCCGUUCUAUUCGACUGAAUUAAAUUCGACGUCUGAAACCAAGUCGUGCUACUGUAGCGCGACGUUUGAAACAGGCCUAAGAGAGGUGGAAGAAAUAAUGAUGAAAAAAAGGGUAAAGAGGAAUAUCAACCCCUUUACGGCGUUUGAGGUCUAGCGGACGUAUCUUGCUCAUUUAUACUGGAUUAUUCUAUCCGGGUGUAUGUACUUAUCAAGGCUUUGAUCAGAUGACGUCUCCUAUAUUCAGACACCGAGACGGAAAUUCAGUUGAUCUGAGUGGUUUUAGGCGAUAUCAGUUUUAAGGCGAUUUUGAGGUGUUUUGGAUAUUGGGUGAAACGCUUGUCCCGGUGUUUGACAUGGCUUCGUGACCGAAAUAACGAAAAGUUAACAACCUCCAAGUAACUCGCCCGUAGAGUCCGGAUGUAUGCCUCUCCCAGGCGCACCCAAUCAUUGAUCAAGAAGCAACAACACUCUGACCGAUGACGUAACUAUGCUUCAGAACCGAAGCGUCUGUUUAGAUCAGACGUGUGAACGUUACGGGCUAAUAACCGUUUCGUUACUCACUUAAAAUUAAAAUGUUUGAUAGCAGGUUAUGUUUGUCUAGAAGCGUUUUAACAACAAUUGGUAAGUAAAAGAGACAUCAACUCCUCGUCUGGCUCAGUAGUGCACCUGCUGCUGAUCUAAAGAAACAAAGUUAUGGAAGGUCUGACUGCUGACAGCCAUUGCAAACUCGAACUCACACUCGUCUCGAGGUGACACUCUACAAGACCUCCCCCGUCGCUAGAGUCAUAACAAAACUACAACAAAAGGAUUUAUCAUAAUAGUACACAGUACAAGACAAGCACACUCAAAUUUGUAGAUAAAAUAUUUUUAAUGGAUGUGCUUCUUAUAUAUUAAGCUAAAAGAGUAUUGUGUCAAUUAGAUCCUGAUUGAACUUGGAUAGAAGUUUUUUUUCCCCGUAAAACAACACUUUCUUGUGUCAAUAGUUUUCCAGAAGUUUGUCAUUUUCUUUCGCCAGUCCAUUUUACGUCGUCCUGAUAUAUUUGCAUUUAAACUGGGACUUGAGUCGCAAGCAUGCGGUCAGUCGUCGCUUACCAAAGAACCGCCAAGAUUCAGCAUAACUGACCGUCAUUCGGUGGUCCCUCAACUUUGCUAUUCAUUUUCGAAUACCUGUUAUUUGAAUAACGUCGUAGUUGAGUUCAAAAUUGUCUGCUGUACAUCAUUAGUUAGUAAUCAAGCAGCUGUGGCAGCUGAACAGCUGGGCUUUACAAUUCCUAACUUUAAGAGUCUGUAAUCUAUACCCCGUUGCCUAGGAAACUACCAGUAAUGGUACCCUAAUAAGACUUGAAGGAGGCUCCAAUAGACACAUUCAUUUUGGGGUCACUCGCUCAGUGAUCCCAAGGAAUCGUUAUACUCAAGCUCAGUGAAAGAACUUACUAAUAAUCCAGUCGACAGCGACACUAAUUGGAUUUUGCGAGAUAACUGACAAACUGUGUCAAGUGCUCUUCUUACGGACACCUCUCUGCUACACACGGAACACCGUUUUAUACAGCUCCUGCCUCUGUAAUAGGGGAAUUCAAGCAGGCAAGACGGCGACAGUAACGGCCGAACGUCAUUUUAAAGGCGCAUUCGCGUUUUUUCAAAAUUUGUGGUGGUUAUUUCGACUGGCUCAAUUCGUCAAAUGAAGGCGAGUUUUCCUGGAGUUCAAUUUUUAGGGAGCACAUCAAAUUUUUAAAAUAGAAUGUAAAAGUUGUCGUUGAGUGUUUACAUCCUCUUUAAUAUGCAGUUGCAAAAGUUCACGUUGUAGUUGUGCAGUGACGUUGAGUCGCCCUCUUCCUAAAACAGAGACAUCUCUAUCAUAUACUUGUUAUUUCUCCCUUGAGCUGUACUUCUAUUCUUUUCUCAAUGGUUUUUUUUAUUUUCUAAACUUUCUUUGCGCUGGAAACUGAAAAUGUUUAUUAGAGAUUUUCGACACCUGACCGCUCUCCUAUACAGGGCCACUGUAAGUCGAAAAAUGUUUUUGAAUGGUGAGUGAAUCACCUACGAACAAGCAGUUCUGUACCUUUAAAUACAUUGACUGUGAAUUCAUCACGAAGUUAGAGACGAUUUUGUUGUAGUCACUCCCUCCCCCCUGAAAAAAAAAAAAAAACAUUAGUUUGUCCACUUGUCAAGAAUCUCUAAAAUAUUAAAUGAUAUAUAUUUACAUUUUGUUAAAAGUGGGUAUAUCUCUACUGUAAGCCAACCGUUUUUGAAGAUACUGAGCCAUUCAUCAGUUCCGUACUCGGCAGUGAUUUUAUUCGUGACAAAAUUGCAGUACAUAAAGGCUUCAUAUGAAAAGUCAUUGCUACGUCUUACGACAUGUCCGCCUCAGAUACUUUCUCUUGUUAGCCUGAGUAUCAAUAUCAGUUUAACCAGUCUAAAGUGACCGCAUUUUGCUGGCCGUUUUUUUUCAUAGUCUUGGUGGUUUGCCUCUUUCCAUUGGUGUAGAUGAAGGAGCAGGGCCAGACCCGUGUCCCGUGACCCGUGUACAGUGACCCGUGUCCCGUGCAAUGCUUCUAUUACGGUGUAGUAAGCAAGUGAAUUCGCCUAAAGAAACGAUUCUUAGUUGCUUUUUUUAAAAUGUAGGAACAAAAGGAGAGGGCCAUUUUAGUGAUACAAGGUGAAGUAUUUCACUGCAUAACCAAAGGCACCUUGUCCGUGCCGAACAUUGACGGAUAUUUUGGGGUUUGGUUCAUGAAAUUUUGUCUUUUUGUGCAUUUUGAAGUGCAUAUAACACUAAGAUCUUUAAACAACAGUUAGCUUUAUCAUGAUUAUUCGUUUUAAAAUUUUAAACCUGUUCCUUCUUGGAUCCCCCAUCCUGUUAAUUACUCCUGCGGUGUCAUUUUUAUUAUUCUUUUUCCGAGGCAGGGAAGCAUUCGAAGUGUUACAUACAUGUAGCCUUUAUCUUUAUUACUGUGUCAUACGCCCCUGACUUAUUUUGUCGUGAAACUGCUGAUCGUCAAAUAGAGCAGAGUACCCGCUUGAAAUAUAUCAUUAACAAACUCGAGUUACAACCAAAUAGAAUCAUAUUAAACGCAUGAAAUCGAGAGACUUGACAUUACUGUUAAACAAUUUUGCACAUUUUAUUACUCAGUUUAUGUGAAACAUGUAAAAAAAAAUGGGAUAGCCUGUUUACUGGCUGAGGUUUUUCCACAAUAUCAAGUUUGUAGGAUAUUUUUCUUUUUUACAUUGUGCAAGUUGAAUCAAGCAGAAUUGAACCAUGUUUUUCCUAUUCUUUUUUCGAUUGUUAUUCUAAAAUAUCCGUCCAGUAAAGACAUCCUAAAAAAUGUAUUGUAUUAAAAUUUUGUAAAAUGAAAAAACCAAUUUGCGAGUCACUUCAGUAGCAUGUGCAGCCGUAGCUGAAAUAUGGUAAUUGCUUGCACCACGUAUUUUAUUGAGUUCAAGAUAUUGCUUUAAAGGAACUUUAGGUUGUGACGAGAGAGGAGCUUCUUUUCUCGGUUACAAGAUUGGUUUUGCUUGCGUGGGAACUUUCCAUUGGUAUUGUUUUACAAAUGUAGUGUGUUUGCAAAGACUUUUGUUUCGAGCGGGUGUGUAAAACAAUGCUAGGGAACAAAACACACUUUUCACACAAAGACAAACACGUGCUCCAGAAUAUGGCCUUGUAAUGUUUUAUUUACAUUUUGCUUUAUACCGACAACAAUGGUCCCGUUGAAGAAUCAUGUAUCACGGCGCUUCGAAGCAGUAGAUCAUUCCAAAAGUCGAUUGUUUAUUUUUUACAGCCAAUUAGCUCAAGUCGUUCUCACGACCCCGGGCUUAAGCUCUUCCGAGUAUCCCUUACGUCAAAGUAAAGUAAAAUAAAAAGUGGUUAAAAUGAUCCUAAUAAUAUCGACUUCAUACGCUAUGGCUUGGUGAAAAGUAUCACUAAUUUGUCAAGUAGACUUCAAGUCUCGGGCGUUAAAUGGCGUUAAUGUGAUAUAAUUGUCAUGAAAUAUUGCUUUGAUUGCACGAGAGUGCCGUUUUUUCUUUUCUUCGCGCGAGUAGAGGUGAAUGCGCGAGUCUUCUGUUUUAACCUUAUUAGCAUAGCGCGUGCAGGGAACGCUUUGUUUUUGAGUGCCGAGUGACCAAUCACAUUGCUUCGUUCUCACGCUAUCAGUCUCAGCUGCCAGUGAAAGCCAAAAUACCAUUCAUCUGACAAAAAUGCAGGCUCUUUAAAAACAAAAUACGAUGUUAAUAAGCUGGGUUUGGGAACUCGGAGCAAGAGAUUUUCCCACGGCUGGGAAAGUAAAUAAAAACGCCGUGCUCAACCCAACUCGCGUUCAUUUGUCACUUUCUUUGGUAGUAGAAGGAUAGGGCCUACAUUGUUCCCUAAUUUUUUAUUUCUAAAAUUAAGACGAUCAAACCAAAUACCCAUGGUUCAGGAAUCUUCCAAGUUGGAGAAAGAGAAUGAUUCGGAAAGUCGAAAGGUAAAAUCUCUCUUCCCCCAUUUGUAAAAUAUUUGCAAUCUUCGAUCCCUUGAACCAGACUUCCAAAAUUGUAACUUGGAAAAACUUGUAUUUCUUUAAUACUUUGUGGUUAAACAAUAUUGCUUAAUGAAAGUUAUCUUAGUAUCUUGUAAAGAGCGCGCUGAUCGUAAUGUCGACUGCUCAACUUAUGAGCUGUUCUGUCUCGAAUGACAUUUAAUUGAGAUGAAUUAAUAUCCCGGCCAUCUUUCUUGUUUUUUUCUGUAGUGGUCUAAGCCAAUUAUGGAGAAAAGAAGGCGUGAGCGAAUCAACCGAAGCCUUGAAGAACUUAAAAGACUUGUUCUAGAAGCGCAGAACAGAGAUGUAAGUCCGCUGUGUCAGCAGCAAAACAUUGAUACAUGUUCAAUACAGUUGACAUCCUUAUUUUUUAAAUUAAAACUUUUUGUUUUGUUCAGAUACAAGUUUAUGAACUCGUUAAAGUUACUUGUUCUAUCUAACUUUAUGCAUGAAUGGGUCUGCUUUGAUCUUUGUCUUGUCUGUGAAUGAACCGGGUUUAUUUUCACGGAUGCCUAGUAUAGGGGUCGCGAAUUUCUCUCUAGUCAAGAAUGUUUGAACAGUUUUUAAUGUCACAUCUGUCUCGUUGCGAAAGCCGAUCGUGACAUACUGCCGCGAAUCACUGAUUCGAUUAGACAUUUUACAGUUUAUGCAAUCGGAUCUUGUGAUUAUAUCUUUUUCCCACGUCAGUGUUAAACACAACUUUAGCCACUUUCGUGUAGAUGUUCACAAUUUUGAAUUUCUUUUGCCAGUGGUCUGUUAAUUAACCAUAGCUAGUUAACUGCAAUGGUUACGUGACUGCUGUGUUUGUCUCCAGUAAGGGAAGUAUUAACGUUCCUUAUUGUAAUCGCAUUUGUAGAGUUCAAGAUACACAAAGCUUGAAAAGGCCGAUAUCUUAGAAAUGACUGUUCGCCAUCUACGUAGCUUGAGGCAUCACCAGCGAGGUAAGACAUAAGUACCUAUAACUUUAUAAUGAUGACUUAAUGAAUCAGUCUGAAUCUUGAGGUGGUGUAUUUAAUUUAAUUACUUAACCGCGAGAAGGGAAUAAAAAGGCAGGUUCUUUUACUUUGUGGCGGAUCUCUGGUAUUGGCAGGUGCUUGGCGGGCGGGCGGAACAUCUGCGGCAAAAGCUUUCUUUAAUUCUCUAAUCAACGGACUAUUAGCGUUGAACCUGCAAAAAAGAGAGACUAUAAUACCGCUUAAUUAUGUUAGUAGCUUUGGGCGUCAUUUGCACCGCCCUGGCCAAGCUUGGUUAUAAAAGAAGAAACUAAAAGUUCUUAGAGAAUACUAGUGGCAAGAACAAGAUGUGGUGAAAAAUAUAUUGAGGCAUUUGUAAUAUACAAUUAUCUUUUGUAGAGUAUUCAGUGUGCAUUAGUAGAGUAAGAUCUUCAAUUGGCUGCUUAAUUUGAUUUCCUUUAGGCAAUUUGUAAUAAUUUCUUAUCGAAAUUGUUCAAUAAAUCUAUAACCGCUUGUUUUCAAAACUUUUCACUCCUUUAUCGAUUGUUGUGAUUAAAUUCACUUCCGCUUCUUAUGUCUAAAAUUAGAUUUGCAGGGGGCCAGAAAUUGCAAUGCUAAACGAAGUUAUCACGUUUCAAACCUAUUGUCUUGUGGAUAACUUUAUCGUUAAUCAGCAAAAAUAACCAGUAACGGGAACAGAAUGAGAUGGUAUAAAUGUCUGAAUAGUUUCGAUUAACAAGAAAAAAGUUCUUUGAAAGUUUGCUUUUUCUAUUAAAAGGAAAAAUAAAUUAAUUGCAAAAACAUGAACUAAAUGUAGUGAACUUUAUUUCAUAAUCAGUUUCCCUUCUUGUUCUUGGUAAAUUUGAUUUAUUCUUUUCUCUGCACUUAGCCUUUUAGUAUGACAACUUAAGGGAACCGUUGAGCCACACAUGUGUAAAGUCAUAUAUAUAUAUUUAAUAUUUGGUUAAAAGAAACUGUGUCACGAAAAUGAGCCAAAUUCAGUAACUGGCAACCAAGCGAAAUAUAAAGAACCGCUAAAAUCAUUUAAGGAUAUUGUACAUAACUCAGCAAAUACAAAAAAAGACACGGUUGGGAAAAAUUAAAGAACGGAUUGCAGUUGAGUUUUUCGAAAACUGGUUUUCAAAGUUCAUCCUUACUGUUUGUAAUUUAUAAUAUAACGCUCGAAAGACAUGAUUGUUACGAAGCUUUGAUUUUGUCAUUUACAGGUAAUUUCAUUGUAAGCCUAGCGAAUGAAAAAGUAAUUGACAAUACCAAACAAAGUAGACUGCGUUAAGCCAAUUAAUCUACGAUAACGGCCGUUUAAUGAACUCUUUCAGUUUCACUAGUCACAAGAAUAAGAAUAAGAACAAGUUAGUGGGGAAUUAUGUUGGCUUGAGCUUUCUCAGAAAAUUAACUUUUGUUCCUUUUUUUUUCACACAGUGUUGGCUUCGUCAGACCCGCACUUACUGCUGAAGUAUCGCGCGGGAUUCAGCGCUUGUGUAGCGGAAGUGUCAGAGAGUGUGGUCAGAGACGAUCGUUUGGCACCUGACCUAAAGGUGCAAAUCUUGUCUCAGCUUGCUAACUGCCCCAGCUCACCAAGAGUAGCAAACGAUAUUCCGAUACAUCCUAGCGAUUGUCCUUAGGGUCGUAGAUAGUUCAAGCUCCGGAGACCCCUAGAGCGACACUUUCUUGGUGCUGUCUAUAAGAAAUCUCUCGGGGAUCUUAGGCCGAGAAGCAGUUGAGCCCGGUGAUAGAGCGCAUAUGUGGUUCAAAGACACCGGAUACUUCCUUCGACUGGGACCAUUCCAAUGCAAUAUCUGCCGGUAUUAAGUACCGAUUCUGGGAGCUCCUCAGGGGUACACCGUGCUUUGGUCCCAAGUAGGACUUCAUCGGGUUUACACCUAACGGACCCCCUCUGGCGACCUUGGUGA